AUGUCAGCACCCUAUUACUAUUAUCCAUCAUCCACGAACAUUUGUGGAAAUCGUGAUCGUGGAAGAAAACCUCGUUAUGACACACGUAAUAAGGAUAUUGGCCAGUCAUCAACUUAUAUAACACCAAACACACAAAAUCAAUAUCGUCGACCGUUAUCGCCUGUUUCAGUUGGAGAUGUAUGUAAUCGUGUUAGUAAAGUUUCAUUCGAAACUCAUCAGAAUACACACAAUUUUCGGACGCGUAAUCGUUCUGCUGAACCUCGUCAUUCGGAUAAACCUCAUGAACAUCGUCCACCAUCUGCUAAUGCUGUUCGUUCUGUAGUACCAGAGCGUUCUCAACAGGAUCAAAUCCCAAUUUGUUUUCGCCCUGAUUCUGGUGGCACUAAAGGGCAAAGCAUCACACUUUAUACGAAUCAUUUUAAAUGUAAUCUACCUGAGAAUCUCGCUAUUAAUCAAUAUACUGUCCAUGUCAAUGUAUUUAAACGUGGAAAAUGGUGCAAUGCAAAUAAACGUCAACAUAACCGAUUUGAAAUUGUUCAAAGAAUUCUCGAGCGUGAAGCUGAUAAUCUCCCAUUUGUUUGGUAUGAUGACGGAAAUUUUCUCUAUUCCCGAGAAUUAUUACUUGACAAAGCUAAAACCUAUGAAAUCACCAUUAAGAACCAACUUUAUCAAUUAGAUAUUAAAGAGAUGUCCGAUCGUGUCACUGUAGAACACAUGUGGCAAUAUGUUCGAAGUAAAACACCUUGUAAACGCCCACAAGAUUUAAUUCGUAUGCUUGAAACACUACUGAAACAAACGAUUCGUUCACGGAUGGUUUGCAUUCGAAAUCAAUUUUUCGAAAAAAAUCAAACUUUAUACAGCGAUGGACCAUUCCAAAAUACUGGCUUUGCAUUAGCACAAGGUUUCUAUCAAGCGAUGUUUGUUACACAAGCAGGACCAACAUUAACAUUAGACACAAAAUGUUCAUGUUUUUAUCAAAAUGUUGAUAUGUUACAUUUUCUUUCGAUUUAUCUUGGAAGAGAUAUCACUAGGAACGGAGGAGUGAUGUCUAGCGAAGAGAAACACGCUCUACUACGAAUGAAAUGUUUAGAAACAAUUACAAUCGAAACUCGACAUACUGCGAAUAAAAUGGUUUACAAUAUUCGAGGUUUUGGUGAUAAUGCGGAUUGUCAUCCAGUGACAUUAGAUGGACCCGAUGGCGAUUCACGAAAGAUGUCUGUUACGCAAUUUCUCGAUGAAAAAUAUCAGAUUAAACUGAAACAUCCACGUUUACCAACACUUGAAUGUGUAAAUAAAGGUGCACAAAAUUCUUCUUAUAUACCGAUUGAACUAUGCUUCGUGGAAGAGUGGCAAAUUGUUGAUCGAUCAUUGAUGUCAACGGAACAAAACGCCGAAAAAUCGAAACGUUCGAUUCUAUUACCUGAAGUUCGAUUCAAUAAAACCAUGGCAAUUGCUGCGGAGAGAAAUUUUAACAAUGAUCCGUAUUUGAAACAUCUAUCGAUGACUAUUGAUACGAGUGAAAUGCUCCAAGUCAAAGGACGCGUACUUGAGCCACCGAAUAUCGUUUAUCGAAACAAUCGAAUUGUUUCGGUAACCAUCGGUAAAUGGCUAAUGAAGGGAAAUUUGUUACAGCAAACAACACGUGUCCAUAAAUGGGAGAUGAUUUUAGUCAAAGAUGGAAAGCGAGAACCAGGACAUAUGGAUAUGCAAAAAUUGGAUGAAUUUUGUAAUAUGUUACCAGAGACAACACGUCGUUAUGGAAUUCAAAUGAACCCUCAUUUUGACACGAAAAUCAUCUCUCCUCAUCAAAUUCGGCAAUGUAUCUAUGAUCUACAUGCCAACGGUGGAGAAUUCGGUUUAUUUGUUUUGAUUGGUGAUUGUCCAGACUCGUAUCAAACGAUAAAACGAUGCGCCUUACAAGAAUUCGGCAUUAUCACUCUUUGCUGUGAUUUGGGUUCCAUUCGAAAACAAAACAAUCCUGGCAAACUCAAUGCCUAUAUUGAAAAUAUUGCUCAAAAAAUGAACGCGCGUUUAGGUGGAAUUAAUUCCACGGUUUCAUUCAAGAAGAUAUUUGUUGACCAACCGAAAACUAAUGGUGAUGUUUUCAUGUUUAUUGGUGCGGAUGUUUCUCAUGUCGUUGUCUCUGAACGUAAACCAUCGAUUGCUGCUGUUGUUGCAAGUGUAUCUCCAACAUCAACGCAAUACAUAUGCCGAUCCAGUGAACAACGUCCAUUGAAAGAUAAAAAAUACUCGUUAGAAGUUAUUAAGGAUUUUCAACCAAUGACACGUGAUCUUUUACAUGUAUUUGUUCAAACAAAUAAACAAUAUCCAACAAAGAUUGUUGUUUAUCGUGAUGGAGUAGAUGAAGGACAUUUUCAAAAACUUCUAGACAAUGAAGUGCAAGCUUUGAAAAAUGCUUGUAUAGAAGUCUAUGGCAAUCGUCCGCUACCGAAGAUAACAUUUGUUGUCAUUAAAAAAUCGCAUAAUUCUCGAUUUUUCGCUCCAAAUGGUCAACGAAUAACAAAUAUGGCUGCCGGAACAGUUAUUGAUACAACUAUCGUACAUCCACGUCAAUUUGAUUUUUAUCUGAAUUCGCAUGCUGGUGCACUGGGUACAAAUGUUUGCUCUUAUUACCAUGUUUUAUACAAUGAAAUUGAAUUUACUAGCGAUGAAUUACAACAACUGACAUUUUGGCUCUGUCAUACUGACGUACGAUGUACGAAAGCAGUUAAAUGUCCAGCAGCUGCUCGCUAUGCCCAUACAGUUGCGUACCAUUCACGAUACUUCGAAAAAGAACCAUAUCAAUCAUCAUCAUCAUCAUCGCAACACCAAACAAAUCGUGAUACUUCCGGACAAGAUGAAGAUGAUCUUACACUCGAAGAUAUUAAAAGUAAUCUGAUUAUGGUCAAUAAAAACGUUAAGAACAUGAUGUGGUUUACAUAG